GCUAUCUGUCUAUUUGCUAGUCCCGUUGAGUUAGGAGGUGCUGAUGUGAUGCAUUUACGUUCUAUAUUUUUAUAGCAUCAUUGCGACUAGCUGAUUAAUUAUUGCAUUUUUUUCAUAUAACAUAAACAAGCUUCUUUAACUUUAAAAACCUGUCGUCGGAAUAUAUGGGUGAGGUGUUACAUUUUUAACGAGAUUAUUAAAAGUCGUCACUGUCCUGAUAUUAGGCUAACAUGCUAGCAGUAAGCGUAACUCGUGUUGUUUUCUGACCUAGGAUGAUUUACGUGAAGAAACUCAAGUUAUGUCCUUGGCAUCCCGAGAUUCAUUACAGGCUGUCGUGGUUAAUGGCAUGGUAAUGUGGCUUUUGUAAGUAACCGAAGGUGACCAUAGUUAAAAACGUCCUGCGUCUGCGAAGUGUGGAAAAAUGAACACGCCGCUCGGAAGGAACGGGUUAAUCGGGCUUGCUGUCGGAGCUACAGCUGGCUUGGGCUUGAUUGCCUUCAUAAUUUACAGAGAGAUCAGCAGGAGAAAUUCCAGGAGAAUGGUGCUGGAGGCCCGGCCAACUCCCCGCCUGUUCGACGAUGCGGAUGGAGCUGGGCUGCUGCGGGAGACUCUGGAUGCUCAGGAGCUGGAGGCCCAGCAGCAGGCUCUGGCAGCAGUGGAGGCAGUGGUGCAGGGCCUGUCCCCCGAGCAGCAGAUGGAGCUCAGGAACCAGCUGGAUCAGGUGCUGAACUGCGUGGCCUCGCUGCGCUCUGAGGUGGCAGAGCUGAGGGGUGGCCUGCAGGACAUUGCCCUGCAGAUUAUCCAGGAUGUCAAAAAGGGAGUAGAGGACAGUCAGCGGGUACGUCGGCGACGCCAUGUUGUCCACAGGGAGCGCACCGACUCCACCAGCUCCAGCUCCAUCUACUUCACUGCCAGCCAGGGCAUGGCCAGCACUUAUGAAGAGACCAGUGAAGGAGGGUACUCAACGGCCUAUGCUGAAUCCGACUACACAGAUCGUGACACAGACAGAGAAGAGGGUGAACGGGAGCCUGAACAGGAGUCAGAGGAAGAGGAGGACAGGAGCUGUGCCACUGUCCUCACCCUACGCCAGGAAGACUCCCAGGAAGAAGAGAUGGAGGAGAGGGGGCUGGAGGAGGAGGAGGAGGAUGAAAAGGAGGAAGAUGAGGGGAGGCUGCAGCUGUUGACUGAUGUCCCCAGCGGAGAGUUGGCUCUCCUCCUGGCUCAGAGUGACAUCCUCCACACAGGAGACGCCAGUUUAAAGGCAGAAGGCUUUCGCCUGCUGCUGGACAACAGAGCAGAGAACGGAGACAACAGGGAGUUUCUUUGGCGACUGGCUCGAGCUUAUAGUGACAUGUAUGAGUCCACUGAAGACAGGCAACAGAAGAAGACCUAUGCACAACAAGGUCGAGAGGAGGCAGAAUUGGCCUUAAAGAAGAAUGGCCUAAAUGCUGAGUGUCACAAAUGGUUUGCUGUCCUGACGGGUCUUACCUCCCAACAUGACAGCAUGCACAGCAAACUGAAGAGUAGCCACAUAUUAAAGGAGCAUCUGGACCGUGCCAUGGCCCUCAGAGAUGACGAUCCCAUGUGUUUCUACCUGCUAGGCAGAUGGUGCUACGAGGUAGCCACUCUGGACUGGUUGGAGAAGAAGGCAGCUGCUGCCCUCUACCAGAGCCCUCCCACCUCCACGCUGCAUGAUGCCCUCGAGAACUUCCUCAAGGCAGAGGAGCUCAGUCCAGGUUUCUCCAAGACAUUGAGGCUAUACAUCGCAAAGUGCCACAAGGAGCUGGGGAACAUCUCAGAGGCCACAAACUGGACUGAGCUGGCUCUGAAGAUGCGCCCAGAUAAUGAUGAUGAGGAAACAUCUAAACUGGAGGCUCAGCUUCAAGUCUUAACUGUCAGGAAAGUCUGAACAGUUUGUUUUCUACUGAUAUUCAGCCGAUGGUGACGAUUGGCUAGCCUUACAGCCAAUCGGUGGUCAUCCGGUCACAGGCGUUCGACUAAUGGCACACCCAUCUUCUUUCUCUUCGUUUGUGGACAUCUUUGUCAUACUGUCGCUGUUAGAGUAUAUGGAGUUUAUUGAUGUCUAUUUCUUUUUUGGCUGACUUUAAUACAGCUUGAUUGAGCCAGGAUCAUUCAGUGAUAUACAGUACUUUAUAAUAUUGUUCAAUUAUGUUUGCUUUUUAACUGAAUACGUAGGUUUUGUUUUUCAGCACCAUAAUCUUAAUUUAACCAAAACAAACAAGAAAAACACUUACACAGCAGCUCUUUCAACAGUCUGGCAGUAUCAGAUGAUUUUGGUUUGAUUUGUCAAGUGACUAAUAGCAGAGUGAGAUUUACACUAGAGGUUAUUAUUGUUGUUGUUGUUUAUUUAUUUUGGGGUGUUUGUGAGAUGUGACCAAUGACCAGUGAGACUGAGGACAGGACCAUAACCUGCUUCCCCAUUGCAAAUUUUCUGACACUGGUUAAUUUAUCAUCAUGGUAUAAAAAAAAAAAAAAGCUAGCAACUGGAUUUGAUCAGGGAUGGUAUAAGAGCUUUAGGAGAAAGAGGGACUUUGGGAAUCAAGAGAACAAAUCUUCAGAAUUUUUCAUGCUAUUGUUUGUAUUUAUAUUGCACACCCUUUCUUCUCCUUCUGUGCUCUCACCUGCUCUUUGACAUGCGUUUGUCAUGUGGAGAUAACUGACAAUUGAUUCGUAUAGACGUAGUGAUAAUGCUGAUGUAUUUUGAUGAGAGUAUCAGUCUUGACUUUUUUUUCCAUCUUUCACUUACUUGAUCCCCCCCCUCCUCCCAAAAAAAAAAAUGGUGUAAAGCAACAGCACUUUGAGUUUUUGCAGCAGUCUCAGUAAAAUGAGUAAAGUGCACGGAGACUUGUUUGGUUGCAAUUGAAGUAUUUUAAUAUUUUUGUAUUUUCCUUUGAGUAUUUGCUGCCUUGGAACUUUGAUCAUUGACAUUCCUGUUGUUUUUUUGUUUGUUUUUUUUUUAAGUGAAAGUAAAAAUGCAGCAUGCUUGCAGGUUAUAACAGCCCUGAUUCCAAAAAGAAAAAAAAAAGAAAAUUAGGAUGCUGUGUGAAACUGAAAAACAAAGUGCAGUAAUUUUCAAAUGAACUUAAAAAGUGUUCCUGAGCCCAUAAGUAAUACCCUUUAUAGAAUCAUGUGAAUGAGCCUGACUGGCCCUUUAAGGAUGCCCCUUUCAUACCCAGCUGUGAUGCUAUCACCUGCUAGCUCGCACUCAGCAGCUUUCCCAGUCUCCUGUUGCUCCUGUCCCAACUGAUUUGAAAUAUUUUGCUGGCAUUAAAUUCAGAAUAAUUUCCUAAGAUGUUUUCAAUUGAGUAUAUGUCAAAAAGGAUUAUCAAAUGAUCACAUUUUUUAUUAUUUAUGCUCAACCCAGUGACCCAACUUCUAUUUUUUUUUUGGAAUCAGGGUUGUACUCAAUGAUCUGAUUUUAAUGAGCCUUUGUUUUCUAUUAAUGACUCCUGUUUAGGUUAAUCUCAAGGUCACUGCUGUUGCUUUCUGACACAGGGGUAACAUUUAAUAAAAUUCCUUUUUUUCUAUUUA